GUGUGGGUGGUGGAGGGGGGGAAGAGAGCGAUGCACAGAGGUGGCUGUCAGGCUCCUUGGCCGGGAAGCUUCGCGCAGGCGCAGGGCCACACAGCCCACGAGAAUGUCAGGAGCGGACGGAGCGCGUGCGAACAGCGCGAGCGGCGGCGGCGGCGGCGGCGCGGCUCCGGGUGGUGAUGUGAAAGAAAUUACUCAACUAAGGAUAGAAGGACAGGAAUUGUCCAAAGAAGAAAAACAGAAAUUGAGGAAGGAGAAAAAACAACAAAAGAAAAACAAGAAGGGAGAUAAGUCCACAGAUGUUGAGAAAUCUCUCUCUACAGAUGGCUCCAAGAAACAACAGCAAUUGCAGCAACAGAAAUCACCAACACCAACUGCAGUGUCUGGUGACACUCCUGCCAGUGGCGAGAAAGGUUCAACGGGGAAGAGCAAAGCAGAAUUCCGGCCAGAGCGGAAAGCAAAGCAAGAAGACCGUGCAAAACAGCCUAAAAAGUCUGAGCAGAGCCAGCCUUCUGCUUCAGUGAAGUCAAAGUCUGUACCCAGUGAACCUCAACAAGUGGUGAAACGGGUCCCAGAUCAUGUUCAGGCAGAUGAUCCUGCAGCACUGAAAAAACUGGCCAAAAAAUUGGAACGACAGCAGGUUCCACUCCGGCAAGAUUUUGGCAGCAAAGUCGUUCUCUUUUCACACUUGCACCAAUACAGCCGCAAAAUGCCCCUGACACAGCAGCUGACAAUCCCCUCAACUGUGCUUCAUCCUGCUAUUGUACGCCUAGGACUGCAAUAUUCUCAGGGCAUUAUCACCGGAUCCAAUGCUCGAUGCAUAGCCUUACUACACGCUUUCAAACAGAUUAUUCGUGAUUACACAACUGCUCCUAAUGAAGAGUUGUCGAGAGACUUGGUCAACAAGCUGAAACCAGACAUCAGUUUUCUACAUCAAUGUCGCCCGCUCUCUGCAAGCAUGGGAAACGCAAUCAAGUUCAUCAAGAAGGAGAUCUCGAAUAUUUCCAGCAACACAAGGGAGGAUGAGGCGAAAGCGAAGUUAUUAAACAGCAUCGAUAAGUAUGUGGAUGAGAAGAUUAGCCUGGCUGCUGAAGCUAUAUCAAAAUCUGCCUCUGGGAAAAUUAACGACGGUGACGUGAUUCUGGUAUAUGGAUGCUCAUCUUUAGUCAAUACCAUUCUCUGUGAUGCCCACAAGGGGAAAAGCUUCAGGGUUGUGGUUGUGGACAGCCGACCUAAACUGGAAGGAAGAGAGACGCUACGCAGAUUAGUACGGGUUGGCAUUCGCUGCACCUAUGUGCUGAUCACUGCCGUCUCCUACAUUCUGCCUGAGGUUUCCAAAGUGUUCCUGGGAGCGCAUGCUCUACUAGCCAACGGUUAUGUGAUGUCGCGUGUGGGGACGUCACAGAUAGCAUUGGUGGCCAAAGCGUAUAACGUCCCAGUCCUGGUGUGUUGUGAAACGCACAAGUUUUGUGAAAGAGUUCAGACAGAUUCAUUUGUAUUGAACGAAUUGGAUGACCCCGAUGACCUAUUGGUAACCCGGAAAGGAAUUAACCACCUGGAGAAUUGGCAAACGGAUUCCAACCUUCAUCUUCUCAACCUGGUCUACGAUGUGACGCCACCUGACUUUGUUGACUUAGUAAUCACAGACUUGGGCAUGAUUCCCUGUACCUCUGUACCUGUCGUACUGCGAGUCAAGAAUGUGGAGCAGUAAAGGGCUGCUGGAUCUCUUCGGGCACAUGGUGGCUUUGCAAUGUAUUCAGCUUUGCUCUGGCAUGUAAUAAUAAUAAAAAAAAACUUUGUUUCAUUC